AUGGCAGGGGGCGGCGGGCGAUCUUUGGAGGAGACGCCGACAUGGGCUGUCGCCGUUGUGUGCCUGGUUCUGGUCCUCAUAUCCCUCCUCAUCGAGCACCUCAUCGUCCUCACUGGAAAGGCAAGUUGGAACACAUAAACCGAGGAUCCUUCUCGCGGCAUCUACUGCCGCCGCUUGUGAGUGCGUGAUUAAUUCUUGGCAUUUCCUCUGAUACUGCAGUGGUUAGCGAGACGCAACAAACGAGCUUUGUAUGAGUCCCUCGAGAAGGUUAAAUCCGGUGAGUUGAUGAUGCUCAUGCCUCUCUUAAAUCAAUUCUACACAUGCUUCUGCUCCAUUUCCUGACGGGAUUAUCUCUCUCUCUCUCUCUCUGUGUCCGAAACGCAGAGCUGAUGCUGCUAGGGUUCAUAUCCUUGCUCCUGACGGUGGGGCAGGGGCCCAUCUCCAACGUAUGCGUCUCCGAAAGCCUGGGCAACACCUGGCUCCCAUGCCCCAAGUCGAAGUCGUCCUCUUACGAGUCCUCGUCGGACGGCGGCUCCAAUCGCCGGAAGCUUCUCCAGGAGGUUUACGCCGCCGCCAGCACGCGGCGGGUGCUGGCCGGCGGAGGUAGCGACAAGUGCGCGGAGAAGGCAAGAGCUCUUAUUUCUUGCCGGCUUCUUUUCCCAGUUCUUCUUCUGUUCCACCAACUGAACUUUUGAUACGUCUCCGUCCUCGUUAAACAACUUUGAACGAGGAGGCUGAAUGUCUUGACCCUUCCAACCCGACCUGUCUUUGUCGCGGCGUCGUCAGGGUUGACUUGGAGAAUUGGAACUAGUCUCGAUGGGGCGACAGACCACGUGGCGGGUCCCGCCCAUCACCCUUGAGAACGAAAGCUGACCUCUCCUCUCGCUGUGCAGGGCAAGGUAUCGUUGAUCUCUACAGAUGGGAUCCAUCAGCUUCACAUCUUCAUCUUCGUCUUGGCUGUAUUCCACGUGGGCUACUGUAUAACCACAUUGGCCUUCGGCAGAUUGAAGGUACGUACGGCACUCUGACAAAACGGGUAAGCUGCAUGAAAGUCAACUCGAUGACGUUGCCAACCUCAUCCAUGCAGAUGAGAAGCUGGAAGGCGUGGGAGAAGGAAACCAAAACCAUGGAGUACCAGUUUUCAAACGGUAAGUUUAUCAUCCAGUAGAUUUGGCGACGAGUUCUCUGAGACGUCGAUUAAGCCCUAGCCUCCUAACCGGUAAAGGAAAUUGUCUCAUUCAUGGGCAGACCCGGCGAGGUUCAGGUUCGCGAGGGAUACGACGUUCGGGCGGAGGCAUCUGAGCUCUUGGAGCGAGUCGCCGGUCCUCAUCUGGAUCGUGAGUUUCUCCACUGAUCAAUCGAAUCUCGGACGACGCGUAUAAUCUUCAUGUUCUUACUUGGUUCGACUCGAUUUUGUCCCCCUCCUCCCGCAGGUCUGCUUCUUCAGACAGUUCUUCAGGUCGGUCCCGAAGGUCGAUUAUCUCACGCUGCGGCACGGAUUCAUCAUGGUAAACGCUCAUCCUGCCGUCAAAAUUAUGCCGAAACCCACCAUUAGCUCUCCUCAACCCGUUGACUACGAUUUCGCAGGCGCACUUAGCACCCCACAGCAACGCCAGGUUCGACUUCCAGAAGUACAUCAACAGGUCCCUCGAAGAGGAGUUCAAAGUCGUCGUGGGAAUAAAGUAUGCUCAAGCUCUCGGUUUUCUUCUCGUCAAAUGCAUCGGAAUCAUGGAUCCCACGCUUCACGUCUCAUUUCUUCUUUUUUAUCUGCAGCCCGGUGAUAUGGUUCUUCGCAGUGCUCUUCCUCGUCUUCAAUACCCACGGCAAGUAUAGAUAAUCCCGAGCCUUAGGUCAGAUCAUAGAACAUAUAUUCUGAUCGACAGUAUUGUUCUUGAUAACUUGUGCAGGCUGGCGAACCUAUCUGUGGCUUCCAUUCAUCCCACUGAUCGUAAGUACUCGCCUGCAAAAGUCCACGAACGACCUGAAGGUCUCUUCCUUGGGGGGUCUAGGCACUGAUCGGAGGGUUUUUCCUUUGUCGGCAGAUCAUCCUGCUCAUCGGGACGAAGCUUCAGGUCAUCGUUACGAGGAUGGCCCUGAAGAUCAUGGAGCGGGGAGACGUCGUAAAGGGUACUCCAGUAGUUCAGCCGACCGAUGACCACUUCUGGUUCAAUCGCCCGAAGCUCCUCCUCUACCUCAUCCACUUCGUUCUCUUCCAGGUACUUCAGUCGAUCAAAAUUUAUCGAAAGAAAGAAACUGCCUCGAGCCCGACUCGGCGUCUCUAACCUUCUCCUUUGUUUCUUCCUCUUCAGAACGCGUUCCAGUUGGCCUUCUUCGUCGUCAGUUGGGUAAGCAAGCCCCCUACUUGAUUGGCCACCACCCUUCUUCUUCCUUACUCGAUUGGCCAAGAACAUGCAGAAAUAUUGACGCCCGUGUUUGACUUGCAGUACCAAUUUGGAUUCAGCUCAUGCUUCCACGACACCAUCCAGGACAGCAUCAUCAGAAUUUCCAUGGGGUGAGCCCUCGUUCCCCAGAGUCUUCACUCCCCACAUCUGGGCUUGCUCGCGAAGACGAUUAGGCCUAAUCUCCGUGCUUUCUCCGCAGAGUUAUCAUACAGGUGCUCUGCAGCUACGUGACGCUCCCUCUCUACGCUCUGGUGACUCAGGUAAGUCGUCCAUUGGGUUUGACUUGAUACUCACCAGCAGGAGUUGCCUUCCCGUUGACUCUGUCUCUGACUGUGAUGGGUUUUGACAGAUGGGGUCCAAUAUGAAGCCCACCAUCUUCAACGACACGGUGGCGUCGGCGCUGAGGAAGUGGCACCGCACGGCGAAGAAGCACAUCAAGGAGGGCCGCAAAUCGGGGACAGUGACGCCGGUCUCGAGCCGGCCGGCGACGCCCACCCACGGGCUCUCCCCCGUCCACCUCCUCAAAUACCAUCGCAACGAGAUGGGGGAGAGCCCGCAGGCCUCGCCGCGGUUCUACGGCUCUGACAACGAGAAGUUCGACCACGACGGGUCCCUCUCGCCCCCGUUCUACCGCUCCGGCGAGGGCUCCACGAACGACCACCACGCCGACGGCGCGGCGGACGUGGAGGAGCUGCGGGACGGCAGCGCCACUGCGGCGCCGCCCGCCAACCAGGAACUCGGCCACCACGCCAUCGAGAUCUCCGGCGAUUUCUCCUUCCGGCGGAGGGACAGAGCGUAG